UGCCUUCACAGCUGCUCUUGGCAGCCAGGCCCGAAGACAAGUGCCGUCAAGGAGUAUUCUUAUCACAGGUGGUGGCGGGCCAAGAGUCGCGGGCGGACUGGGUGCUGCGGCAGGCGGCGGCUGAGCUGUCGGCGCUGCAGAGGGCGGUCCCCAGCCUGCUGGAGGGCGACACCGUGGCCGUCUGCUGCAGGAAAUCAGUGCUCUUCCUGCCCGCCAUGGUGGCCACACUCUGCUCUGGAGCCGUCUGUGCCGUCGUCAACGCCGACCUUCCUCUCGAGAGCCUUCGCAGAGCGCUACAGGAGCUGAAGCCAGCAGCAGUGAUGUGCGAACGUCCGACAGCCGAGACCGCUUCCGACGCCAGGCCGCCUGGGUGCCCCCUCCAGCUGCUGGGGGCUGCCGAGGCAGUGCCUGACGCUCUACAAGUGCUGCUGACCAGCGCCCAGGCGCUGCAGGGAGACAAUCUGAGGCCCGCCAUCGCGCUCCUCACGUCUGGCACCACGGGGCAACCCAAGCUCAUUCGGAUACCUCGCCGCAGUAUAGCUCUAAUGGUGCACGUACUCACUCGCAGCGACGCCCCUUUCGGAGGAGAAGACGUCAUGUUGUUCACUACGGGCUUAUACUGGAUAAGCGGGAUAGCGUACACCGUCUGGUGCAUGAGCAGCGGAAUGAGAUGCAUUGUUACGUCGGACUUCAGCCCUGAAGCAGUUCUGGAGGACAUAGAGAGACACAAGCCCACCGUCAUCUUCAUGCCGCCGAACCAGUGGAUUUCGCUGGCUCGCCAUUGCCCGGAGGGCCGGCUGAGGUCGGCCGUGCAGCAGGUGCGUUUGUGCGUCACUGGAGGGUCCGCUCUGAGCGCGGAGAGGCACGCGUGGCUGGAGGCGCGCACGGGCCGGCCGCUCUCGCAGUGGUACGGCCAGACGGAGACCUUCGUGCUGAGCAACAUGCUCGUCAGCCGCUGUGGGCCUCCGCCACCUGGCUCUGUGGGGCGCCCCCACGCUGGGCUGCAGGCCAAGGUGUUGGACUUGGAGACCGGUAAAUGUCUUGGUCCUGGAGUCGAUGGUGAGCUGUGCUUCAAAGGAUGGUCCAUCAUCAAAGACUUCGCAGAUGAGGAGGGCUGGAUCCAUACUGGAGACGUGGGCCACUGCGAUGCUGAUGGUAACUUUUACAUCGUCGACAGAAUAAAGGAACUCAUCAAAUACCGCGGCGCCCAUGUUUCGCCGUCUGAGUUGGAGGCGUGGUUGCUGGAACACCCGCAGGUGGCUGAGGCGGUGGUGUUGGGCCUACCGCAUGACGAAGACCAGGAGCACCCAGCCGCCUUCGUCGUGCUGGCACCGGGUGCCACCGUCACUAUUGACGAUCUGAAGCAACUGGUCAAAGAGAAAGCAUGCGGCAGCGAGGAGAAGCUAUUACGUGGAGGCGUGUUCGUGCUUGACUCCAUCCCUCGCCUGCCUACCGGCAAAAUCAGCAGAGGCCAAGUGCGAAGCAUUCUUCAAGAGAGAAUCACAAGGGAGAUUUAGUUAGUCGCCGCGACCUAACAGCUGGUAUCUUCUGGUGUUCACAGCAUACACAAGGAAAAAUUACACCAGUAGCCUUCGU